GCCUUGCUCGGCCCUCGGGUGGCGGGGUCUUGGGGGCGUCUCUCCAGCUCCCCCCUCCCCCGGCCCCGCCUGCAGCCUGCUCCCUGGGCCCAAGCCAUGGCCGGAGACAACAGCAAGCAGUUUUGGAAGAGGAGCGCCAAGCUGCCGGGGAGUAUCCAGCCUGUAUAUGGAGCUCAGCAUCCUCCACUGGAUCCUCGGCUCACAAAAAGCUUCAUUAAAGAGCGCUCAAAAGUCAAUGCAGUACCCUUGAAGAAUAAAAAAGCCUCCAGUUUUCAUGAGUUUGCCCGAAAUACCAGUGAUGCUUGGGACAUUGGAGAUGAUGAGGAUGAGGACUUUUCCACAUCCUCUUUCCAAACUCUGAACUCUAAGGUUGCUUUGGCAACCGCAGCCCAAGUCCUGGAGAACCACAGCAAGUUACGGGUGAAGCCAGAGCGGUCCCAAUCUACGGCAGCUGAUAUAACAGCUAAUUUUAAAGUCAUCAAGUCCAGCAGUGAUGCCCAGCUGUCUAGAAAUUCUGGUGACACAUACUCACGGAACCCUCUUCAUAAACAGCAAUCACUUCCACUCCGACCCAUCAUCCCCCUUGUUGCCCGAAUCUCAGACCAGAAUGCUUCUGGUGCUCCCCCAAUGACUGUCCGAGAGAAAACACGCUUAGAGAAAUUCCGGCAGCUCCUCUCUAGCCACAAUACAGACCUAGAUGAACUGAGGAAAUGUAGCUGGCCAGGAGUUCCCAGAGAGGUUCGACCUGUCACUUGGAGGCUCCUGUCGGGAUACCUCCCAGCCAACACUGAGAGGAGGAAGAUGACACUGCAGCGCAAACGGGAGGAGUACUUUGGUUUCAUUGAGCAGUAUUAUGACUCCAGAAAUGAAGAACACCACCAGGAUACCUAUCGACAGAUACACAUUGACAUUCCAAGGACGAAUCCUCUCAUUCCGUUGUUCCAGCAGCCACUUGUCCAAGAGAUCUUUGAAAGAAUUCUGUUCAUUUGGGCCAUCCGACACCCUGCCAGUGGCUACGUGCAGGGAAUUAAUGACUUGGUCACUCCAUUCUUUGUCGUCUUCCUCUCAGAAUAUGUGGAAGAGGAUGUGGAGAACUUUGAUGUGACAAACUUGUCUCAAGAUAUUCUUCGAAGCAUUGAAGCAGACAGUUUUUGGUGCAUGAGUAAGCUGCUGGAUGGGAUACAGGAUAACUACACCUUUGCCCAGCCAGGGAUCCAGAAGAAAGUCCAAGCACUGGAAGAGCUGGUCAGCCGGAUUGAUGAACAGGUACACAGUCACUUCAGGAGGUACGAGGUUGAGUAUCUACAGUUUGCCUUUCGGUGGAUGAAUAAUCUGCUUAUGAGGGAGCUGCCCCUCCGAUGUACCAUUCGGCUGUGGGACACCUACCAGUCUGAACCAGAAGGAUUUUCUCAUUUCCAUCUCUAUGUGUGUGCUGCCUUCUUGAUUAAGUGGCGGAAGGAAAUCUUGGAUGAGGAGGAUUUUCAGGGUCUCCUUAUGUUGUUGCAAAACCUACCUACAAUUCAUUGGGGCAAUGAAGAGAUUGGCCUUCUCCUGGCAGAAGCAUACAGACUGAAAUACAUGUUUGCUGAUGCUCCCAAUCACUACCGACGAUAGGUGCUGCCUCCAUGCAGAGACCUGGACUUCCCCCAUCACUGAUGGCAAUCUAAUCACUGUGGCAAUUGUUUGAGCCCUUGGACCCCAAGCCAGGAACCACUCCUACUGUAAAAAGCUCACAUCAACCUAAGUCUUCACUUUUUGUGUGCCUGUGCACCACUCCAUGUCUCUGGAUGUGUGUCUCUCGGAUAUCAGUAUUCCUUGCUGUGUAGGUGGGCUCACUUCUAGGGGAGGGUGGAAAGGAGAGCGCAGGAUUGUCUCCUGCUAAGAGAGGAACUGACAAAACAAGGUGAAGGCUCAGGAUAUAUGCCUGAUUGCGCCCCUGCUUUGCCUGGUUGUCUCUUGUCACCCUCCUCUGGCUGAGUCCAUUGCUGUCCAGACACAGCUUGAUCUGACCACAGGUAAAAAUGCCUUAUGUUGUUAAGACACCUGAUCUCCGUCAUUCUCUCACCAACUCCACUCCCUUUGGCCAGUGCCCAAUGAUGGACAGCUUUCUAGGACCAUUUUUAUCAGAUGAUAGUUGCGUUGAGGCAUAGAGCUUUCCUGAGAGUAUCUGGGAAAUGCAGUGCAUUUAAGGGCUGGGAACAUUUAUUUUCCCUUUAUUCACCCACAUGUGUGCAUGUGUGUCUUUCUGUGUGUGUACAUCUCAGUGUGUGUGUGUGUGUGUGUGUCCGCGUUUGCGUGCAUGUCUGUAUUGGCAUGUGUGCACACCCUCAGGGCAAGGUGUCCGUUUAUGUCUAGACUAGCCCCACCAUAACCAGCUGUGAAUGACCCAAGUGAACAGGUAUACAAGCAACCCUUUAAAAAGGAUGGAGGUGGGAGGGAAAGGGACUUUUUGCCUCUUCAAACCCUUUCUCCAUCGUGACACUCCUAGGCAUUAUGUGUAUAUUGUGUUCUUAUGUAUAUGGGUAAAGAUGUACAAUAUAUGUCCUCUUUGUAGCAGAUAUGAUUUUAUAUUUAUAAUGUGCACCCAUGUUUGAAGCCAAUCUCGGUCCAAUGCAGUAGGUAUUCUAUCUGCCAGAUUUGGAAGGUAAAGAAUUUUGCCUACACACUAGCACAUUUGAGGUUAGAAAGCUCCUUUCCUAACAUAAUGCUGAACUCCAGGUUUGGUUUUACAGGCCCUCUGGUGGGAAUGGCUUUUGAGGAAGAGCUGUUCAGAGCCAGAGUGAUUAUGGGGUAGUAGGUUAUACUUCCUGUAGCACCAGCCCCUGAACAUGCAUUUGUUUCUCACAGCUUCCCUUAAUCCUCCUCUUCCUUCUUUACCUGGUUCUCCCUGUACUUUCUGCUCUGCUCCCCAUGUUCCUCUCCCAUUCAUGGGAGGGAGGUAGAACUCCUUAAACUUCAGUACCCUCUCACAGACAGUGUCAUAAGCAGAGGAGGAAAACAGAUCCAUGGUUUUUAGUCCCUCCCCUUCCCUUUGUGUCUGGAGAUUUUUUUUCCCUUUUUAAUGUUAAUUCAGCAUUUUAUUCAGAAUGGAAACUGUGACUGGUCAGUGCCAAGGGGAAAGGGAGGUGUGGUGUGUGCCCUGGAUUUUCUGACUCUUACUCUCAGAAAGGGCUAAGUGUCACACACCUCCCACCCCAUCUCAGCCUCAUCCCUCAGAACAGUUUAUGGGGGUGGUUAAUAGAGAACAGCAGUCUUCUUAGAAAACCAAGCAGUGUCCGCAGCAGAUGACUCCCAUAGUCUUCAUUGCCAAUAAACUCCAACCACUCCGGUAAUGUGUUGUCUCCCUCAUCUGGAGCUGUUUCUCAGGCAUUCUUCAUAGCGCUUUCCUCCCCCUUCCUGUGGUAUGGGCAUCUCAGGGGGUCCCUAUCCAAAGGGAGGGGGCUUGUGGUCCUUCCUCAGCUGGACUAAUUAAAGAAAGACACUUGUGUUCCCAAGUGGUGGUUUUAUUUUUUUAGUUUUUAUGUUUGUAUGGGAAAUUGUGGAUAAAGUGAAAGAAUUGUAAAUAAAUAGAGAAUUUUCUCCUCCA